AUGGACCCUCUACAUUCUCAACGGCAUCGGAUCUCACCGUCCUUUGCGGACUCCGCUAUCGAUAUCGAGCUGACUGACGCCAGCGGAAGCAAGGGAUCUGUCUCCCACGACCAUGCCAUUCCGCUUCCGGACCGACUCGCCCGCAUCGCAGCACAGGUUUCUCUGCGCAGCCUCGAUGAGCAUGAGUGCGCCGCUGUGCACAAAUAUCUCGACAGCAUUGAGACCAUCCUCGACCCUCGUCCUGGACUCAGCAGAGAAAUCGCUAGAAACCGGCCUUCGAGCUCUCGUUCGGGAACUGCUACUCCGAUUGCCUCGCCCACGACUCGCACGGCACGAUCCAGUGAUGACGUUCCCAGCAAUCAGACGGCGGUCCAGACAGCAAGCCGCCAGCUAACGAGCCUUCUGAAGGACCUCUCCGAGGCCAAUGCCCAGCUCCAGCAGCGGCGCAUGGAGGCGCGUCACAUCUAUGAGCUUUUUACCUUCAAAUGUGAAGGACUGGCACAACGAAUCAUCGAGCUGGAGGAAGAGGUGCAUGAGCUGCAGGCUGAUAUCCUGGAAGAUUCUAUUGAGCUCGAGGGUCUCCGGGGAACUGUCCGGGGGCUUGAAAGCUGGAUCGGUAGAUGGGAACGCCAACGCCAGUUGUCUGCAACACAAUCAACUGCAGCUCCCACGCGACAGCGAAAGAUCAAAUGGCGGCGAAAACGACAACCGGAAGGCACAAGUCACGAAGAGGAAAACGAUUGCGAUGCACUCCUUGAAGGCAUAUGUGCGUGGAUGCGGGGGUGGAAGGAUAUUGAAGAAGGCUUCCGCAUCCGAGCACGGAGACGGAAGCUGCGAAGGGAACGGAGAAGGCCCCAUGGCGAGGAGAUUCCCUCGAGCUGA